GGUGUUGUGGUUAGAGCAUGCAGUUUGGAUUCGAAGGUUGGAAUCUAUUUUUGCUUUAACCACAAACUUGAGGUCACUCUUUGAGAAGGGAACAAUUACCUUAAUGUUGCAAGUGUAGCUCAAGGAAUACUUUAAAAGUUGCAAGCUCAAACAGACUCUCACACAAAUGCAAUUCAAGGGUACCUGCUACCAGCAUUUCCAGUGGCUGAGGCUACAGUGACUGCUUCAUUGGAUCCUUGUAAUCUGUAAUACCCAAAUAUCACCCUGAUCAUUUCAAAGCAGGGCGAAAAUGCAUUUUUGGAUUCUGGCUUCAUCAUACUGUGAGAAAAGUUCCCUGUCACAAACGACAUGGAAAGAACUGCAUGAGGACACGCUGGUGAGCAAAGCAGGAAAAACGCUGAUCUUAUUUACAGAACUCAAUUUUAUACAUUUCCUAUGGUGCCUGUGGAUUGGAGGAUGAAAUUCCACCUCUCGAACCACAUUGGUCAAGCCAACUGUCAAUCAACUUUAUCCUCAACCUAAAAUAUGUAAACGAUCAAGGACAGUUAUCAAAGUAUGGCUCUUGUUUAUAGUACAAAGUGUGAUAAAGUAAAAAUUCUAACUCCAACAUGAAGAACAAUACAGAAGGCUUAGAAAAGUCUUCAAAACCAGGGCAACAUUUCCCAUUAGCAUCUAGGAGAAGAAGAAAUGGAGGGCAAACAUCUAAAGUUAGAGCAGGAGGAAAUCCCAAAGAAUCCAAUGCUUAGCUGUGAAAGGGAAGAAAGCGUAUGAUCUGUUGUUAGAUCCUUGUGAUCUGUUGUUCGAUCAUGUAGGGGAAUGGAACAAAUGAGGUGAGUAGUUUGUGACUCAAAAAUAGUGUAAGUGAAGUGGGAGAAGGACAGUCUGAAACAAGAUAAUUUUCAAGAGCACCUGACACUGAAAGAGAUUUCCACUGGUAGUAGUUGAGGGCUGUCAUGUCAGAGACUUAAGAGCAGGUUAGCAAGCUGUUUGAGGGAGUCAGGAUUAGAUACCUUGGGAACUGGUAAUGGGAUAUGAAACGUUUUAUCUGUAGAUCAGUGUUUUGGUUAAGGUCCAGCUCAGCAGAAACUGUCACUGGCAUCUGAUGGCUCUUUGCCUGUAUGAUGUGAGUACUUGAAUUUCACUCAGUUCCUUGUGAGAAUGCAAGAGCAACUUUUGUGAAAUGGCUGCUUAUGCCAGUUUGCCCUUUCUUUGGCGUUCUCACAGAUGAAAGAUUAAAGUGACCAUGAGUGCAAUCUCUUACUUCUUUGAGGAUAGUAACUCCAGACUUUUGUUGAUGUGGCACUGUGGGAAAAGCUUACACUGCUGCUUCUGUGUAGGUGAUGGCAAGUGUGUGAUCUGCGACUCCUACGUGCGGCCCUGCACCUUGGUGCGCAUCUGUGACGAGUGUAACUAUGGCUCCUACCAGGGCCGGUGCGUCAUCUGUGGGGGGCCCGGAGUGUCCGAUGCCUACUACUGCAAGGAGUGCACCAUCCAGGAAAAAGAUAGAGAUGGUUGCCCUAAGAUCGUCAACCUGGGCAGUUCCAAGACAGACCUUUUCUAUGAAAGGAAAAAGUAUGGCUUCAAGAAGAGGUGAUCCUAUUCUUAUGUGGCUACCUCCUACUGGAUUGGCAAGAGGGUCUUGGAACAUCUCUGGAGUUUACCCUUAUUGAAAACUGGUGAUUAUUUUUUUCUAAAGCAGUACAAAUUCAGUAAUAUACCUGGGGUUGGAGAAAUAACAGACUGAGUAGGGACUGAAACCUGGUCAGAACCAAUGAUGAGAGAGGGCAAAUGAAGAUUACUGUCUCUUGCCUUUGCAGAAGCUCUGCUAGUAGUUGCCCAGCUCUCUAUACAAAGCAGAGUGUGCCAGCACUUCCACAUAGAGGAGCUAUGUAAACACGGAAAAUGCUGUUUUAAUUGUGGAGAAACAUCUUGAGGUUGUUCUACUGGGCCUCUCAUUUUUUUGAAAUUGCCCCAUCCAUCAGUGUUGAAGAACAGACCACCAAUCUGCUCCCCUCCUCCCUUCCUCCAGUAUAUUUCCAUGCUGUCCUGUUUUGUAAGGAAUCUGCUCAUGGCUGCUACCUUCCUAGGGAGAAUACAGCUGUUUUCAUGUUUUCUUUGACAGAUAAAUCCAAGGCCAUUUCUUGUAACCAUUUCUGUAGGAUGCAUACCAAUAAAUCUUUUUCUUUUUGGUUUUUA